UAUCUGCCUUCUUUCAGGUCUCAAUUUAUCCCCACUCAUACUAGGCAUGUCGAUCUGUGCCUUGAAAGCUGAUUCUGGUCCCUGCAAAGCCCUGUACACCCGCUUUCAUUUCAACAUUCAUACCCGCCACUGUGAAAGUUUUAACUUUGGUGGAUGUCAAGGCAAUGAAAACAACUUUCUAACCUUAGAAGAAUGUCAACAAACGUGUGUCAUAAAAGAUGUACCAGAGAAUACAAAGAAAUUAAUACUUAAGAAAGAAAAGCCUACCUACUGCCUUUUGGAGAAUGACCCUGGUGUCUGCCGAGGAUUAAUUCCCAGGUAUUUCUACAACAAAGAGUCACAGCAGUGUGAAAAAUUCCUAUAUGGUGGAUGCCUGGGAAACCAAAACAACUUUAAAUCUUUGCAAGAAUGCCAAAAUACCUGCCAUGACAGGGUCCCCUCAGCCAAUUCACUACAAAUAGAUGGUGACCACAUGGUUUUUAGUACUAUUGGUAAUAAUAGUGCUCCACUUAUUAAGCAAGACUUGUUUCUGCUCCCUUCUCUUUGUGUGAUGCCCAUGGACAGAGGACUUUGCAAAGCAAAUGAGAAACGGUUCUUCUAUAAUCAGACUACUGGAAAAUGCCGUCCAUUCAGCUACACUGGAUGUGGUGGGAAUGAAAAUAAUUUUACCUCUAGGAAGGCCUGUGUGAAGAUGUGCAAGAAAGGUUUCAUUUCAAAGAAGGGACAAAAAGGUGUCAUGAAAAUACGUCGGAAAAGAAAGAAACAAGUAGUCAAGCUGGUGGAUGGGGCAAUUGUUAUUGAAAGGAUUUGAGCACUAUAUAAUUAAACACUCUGAAAAUGUUUCAUUUUAAGAUCUACUAUUCUUAUAUUACCCACAUUAUUUAACAAUGUACCAUACAAGUUAUUUAUCAAGGUUUUCUAUAGCAACCUUUAUGUCUCUCUAUUCCCCUGGCGAUUUGCCAGUUAGGAACCAAACCUUUUACUGUAAAAUUAAUGGUGUGGGGUUUUUUUUCUAUGAUUAUUACAUAGAAUUGCAGAAAAAAAGGCUGUGAUCCAGAACUAGCUCACUUUAUCUUCUUAUUCUGACAUUAUCCAAUCACUCUGACCCGUAUAUCAUACAGAAUUUGCUGAAUAUACAGCCUUGUGACUGAAGAUCACUUUGUUUUACUCUCAUAGGUAAUUGAUUUGCCUGAAGACUGAUUCCUUGCUAUAUGGUUCCUUAGGCAAUAGAAUAUUAUUGGACUCCUUUGGAUAUAAUUGUUGAACCUAAUAUGACAAUAUACAGUUUAGAAUAAUUAUUUCAAUUGUUAGAUACUAUGGAAUCUAGAAAUUUAGAAAAAGAAGUUUAAUCCUUCAGUCUGCAGAGAAAUAUUAUAUCAGCUUAUUGCAACUGUAAUAAACCUUGACAAUAAAAAGGAUAGUGUUUUGUAACAAAAAUACACAGGAAGAAAUAAAUUAGUGCUUUCCAAGUCACAAAAUUCACUAAGAAAUAUGUUAAACAAGACUUCAAUUUCAUUUAAAUUUCUAUUUUAAAAGCCAAAGGUUUAAAUUAAUACAAGCUUUAGUAUGGCUGUGCAAAAAUCUGGAUUCAAAUCGAUCAAUGCAAUUCAGUGCAAAUGGGUGCACAACUAUCACCUUCAGAGGCUCCUUGAAGCAGUAUUAUCAAAACUAAAUCACUGAUUGGUUUUUUUUUAUUAUAAAUAUAUAGUCAAAAUCUAUAUAUAAAGCCCUGCUAAUUAGGCAUUUCUAAAUUUUACUGCAUGUUUUUAAACUAGUUGCUUCCUGAGCAUUUUUAAAUAAUGAACCAGAUUCUUUCUUUUUAUAUUCUGUAAAUUUAGCAUAUAGUUUUGCAUUUAUUUUAUCCCUUUAUAAUAAUAUCUAAGAAUUGUCGAGCUAAAUGAUGUUUUUUUUUAAAAAAAAUCUGUUAUAUAAAUACAUAAUGUAGGAAACCAUACUGUAAUGUUAUAUUUCUUUUUUAGCAUGUCAGUGUCUUCAGAUGUAUAUAAACCCUUUUCAGUCUUUCUAUCAAAUCACUGUUUUUAAUUACUCUUGGGUUGAAUUAGGGAAGGAGGCCUCUAAUAAAUCUUUGCAUCCAGAAGGGAAUGAAGUAAAGCAUGGUUGUGUAUGGAAAAGAAGAAAGAACCUUUGUUAGUGGAACAACCUGCCUCCAGAAGUUGUUAAUGCUCCAACACUGGAAGUUUUUAAGAAGAGACUGGACACCCAUUUGUCUGAAAUGGUAUAGGAUUUCCUGCCUGAGCAGGGGGUUAGACUAGAUGACCUCCAAGGUCCUUUCCAUCAUCAUCAUCAUCAUCAUCAUCAUUAUUAUUAUUAUUAACCAGAAAUAAGACUUGAGGAUUGGUAUUUAUGGGGGAUUUCUGAUGAAAUGAUCAUUUGACUCCAAGAAGGGACAAGAAGAUGCUGAGCCAUUACAAGAAAGCAGAAAACAUAAAGAAAUUCAAAGCAACAACUUAAAGUAGAGGGCCUUGGACAGGACUUCAAGAUUCUGUUAACAUAUCAAAACCACAUUAAAACUUUAUUCCAAAA